AUGAAGCACCACAUUCUUUUGUUGGCCGCCACGGCCGCCCACAUGGCUUUCGCCAAGCCCAUCAAGGCAUGCCCGGCAAAGUCGCGCUCGACAACCGUGAUCACCUUCACCGUCGGUCCGACCUCCACGCGCGCGACACUGUCCCCCGUUCAGCCGACGCCGAUCGGACAGUCGGCCCCCUCCUCGUCCCCCGUCGAGACCCCCGUUCAGGUGUCGCCGUCCAUCAACACCCCCGCGUCGUCCUCGGCCCCAGUGGUGGAGAACGCCGUCCCGUCUUCGAACAGCGUCAACACCCCGGUCGUAUCCACGACGCCGAUCAGCGGUAGCGGGAGCAAGCAGGGCAAAUCGACCUUCUAUGGCGGCAACACCUCCGGCGGAAUGUGCUCCUUCUCGACGUACACUAUUCCCUCAGGCCUGUAUGGCACCGCCUUCUCCGGCCAGGCUUGGGACUCGGCCGCCCACUGUGGUGCUUGCGUCAAGGUCACCGGCCCUAAUGGCAACAGCAUCACUGCCAUGAUCGUCGACCAGUGCCCUGAGUGCGAUGAGGCCCACCUCGACCUCUUCCAAGAUGCCUUCGUCAAGCUUGGGUCUCUCUCCGCCGGCAUCAUCUCGACUUCGUAUGAGUUCGUCGAGUGCGGCAUCACGUCGCCCAUCAAGCUGCACAACAAGUCGGGUACUUCGUCCCACUGGUUCUCUAUGCAAGUGCUUAACCACAACGAGCCUGUGUCGACGCUGGAGGUUAGCACGGACGGGGGAAGCACUUGGCAGAAGACAACCCGCCAGCAGUACAACUUCUUCGAGAACUCGAGCGGCUUCGGGACGGAUACCGUUGACGUUCGGGUGACCAGCGAGUCUGGAAAGACCGUUACCGUCAAGAGCGUCAGCGUCGCGUCCGACUCGCAGCACGAGGCGGCGUCUAACUUCUAA